UUUUUUAAAGAAAAAUUAAAUUAAAAAUAAACGUGCAUUUGCAGGUCUCGUAGCUUUAUUCUUCCAUUAAAGAGUAACAAUAAGAUAAACACAAAUCAAUAAAAUAGCUUUUGUAAACGCAACAUGGUCGUUAUGGAGUUCUCUAAACGCAAUAUGCAUGAUCAGGGUAGUUACAAAAAAACCAUGCGAAUUGGUGCAGAUUCCGCUGUAAAAGUUUACGGCGACUGAAAUAUCUGUCUUUGCUGUAAACUGGGAUUUUUCUUUUAAGGAAGAUGCCUCGGAAAGGAAAACAUCCUCACAAUUAUGAGGAUGAGUAUGAUGAUUCUUAUGGUUAUGACGAGGAAUAUGAAUAUGAUUAUGGUGAUGCUCAAGAGGGGUCUCGUGAAUAUGAAGAUGAGUCCAAAAUAGAGGGUUUGAAGGAACAAGAUGUGUGGCGCUGCUUAAGUUGCACAUAUGAUAAUCAAAAGAAUUGUCAUGCAUGUGACAUGUGUGGAAUGGUGAGAAGUUCUUCUUGGAAUGGUUCUGAGACAGCUGUUGUGGUUUCAGAUGGACCUAAAGUGGAGGGUUUGAACGAACAAGAGGAUGUCUGGUGCUGCUUAAAUUGUACAUAUGAUAAUUUGAAGAAUUUAUCUGCAUGUGACAUGUGUGGAAUGACCAGACUUUCUUCUUUGACAGAUGGAUCUAAAGACGAUCAGUCAGAAGGGCAAAGGAAGAUUUGGCGCUGCCAGAUUUGUACAUAUGAUAAUCCAGAGCAAUUGUUUGUGUGUAACAUGUGUGGAAUAUUUCGAAGCGUUUCCUUCAAAGAUAUCCAGAUGGCUCCACCAGGUGCUGAAGCCAUUUCAAUUCCAUCAUCCACCGCAUCAAAUACUUCUUUUGUUAUCCCCACAAAAGCACCAGCUGCUUCCUCAACAAUUAAAGUGAACAACAGUAAUGGGAAAGCUAAGAAUACAGAUAAUGGGGUGCACAGAAAUGAUGGAUCAUCUGCAAAAGGAAAGAUAUUGGAGGAAUUGCAAACACUAAAUUUCAGUUCCAGCUCCACUGUCCAGAAGAGUAAUGUAAACAUGAAUAAAAGUCUUUCCAUGGAGGAGUACAAGCCUGAACCCUGGAUCCUUCAAGAACAGAGUGAUAUGGGCAAGAACUUAUUACAUCUUGCUAUUGUUGGCCAUGUUGAUGCAGGCAAGUCAACUUUAAUGGGAAGAUUUCUGUACAUUAUGGGACGGGUUUCGCAGAAGGAAAUGCACAAAUAUGAGAGAGAGGCUAAGCAGAAAGGGAAGGGAUCAUUUUCAUAUGCAUGGGUUCUGGAUGAGAGUCCAGAAGAAAGAGAGAGAGGUGUAACUAUGACAGUUGCUGUAGCGCAUUUUGAAACACACAAUUUUCACGUUGUACUGCUAGAUUCUCCAGGCCACAAGGAUUUUGUUCCAAAUAUGAUUGUGGGUGCCUCACAAGCAGACGCUGCAGUCUUAGUCGUGGAUGCAUCUUUAGGUGCAUUUGAAGCAGGAAUGGAUGGACAGGGAAUAGGUGGACAGACAAAAGAACAUGCACAGCUAAUUAGAAGUUUUGGGGUGGAACAAUUGAUUGUUGCUGUCAAUAAAAUGGAUGCAAUUGCAUAUUCCAAAGAAAGAUUUGACUUCAUAAAAUCACAGCUUGGGACAUUUCUUCGGCGUUGUGGAUUUAAAGAAUCCUCUUUAACAUGGAUUCCCAUGAGUGUCAUUGAAAAUCAGAACUUAGUGGUUAGCCCAACUGAUGAGCGUUUGAAGUCUUGGUACAAGGGACCACAUUUAUUAGAGGCCAUAGAUCUUUUCAAGCUUCCAACCAGAGAUACGUACCGGCCUCUACGACUUCCCAUAUCAGAGGUUAUACAAUCACGCACACUAGGUCAAGUUGCUGUCAGUGGAAAGUUGGAGGCUGGAGCCAUUAAAAUUGGCACAAAGGUUCUAGUUAUGCCUCUAGCAGAAGUAGCGACAGUGAAAGCUAUUGAACAAGAUGGUAAAGUGCUGAAUAUUGCAAAGGCCGGGGACAGUGUGGAUAUUGGUCUUCAAGGAAUUGAUUCUUCUAUUUUAAUGCCUGGUGGAGUCCUUUGUCAUCCUGAUUUUCCUGUUCCAGUGGCAAGAUGUAUCGAACUGAAGGUUGCUGUUUUGGACAUCAGAAAACCUAUAUUGUUUGGAGCAGAGGUGGAACUACAUGCACACCAUGCAAAGGAAUCUGCAAGAGUAGCAGAGAUUUUAGCAAUAUUGGAUCCAAAGACUGGCAUAGUUCGUAAAAAGGCUCCGCGGUGUUUAACUGCCAACCAAAGUGCUUUGAUACAGAUUUCUCCAAGACAGGGGAUCUGUGUUGAGGAGUACUCCAAUUACAAGGCCUUAGGAAGAGUGACAUUGCGUGCUGAUGGAAAAACUAUAGCAGUAGGUGUAGUCACCAGAAUUAUUGAACAGCAAUAGUAUGGCUUUCGUGCCCACUGUUAUAUCCUGCUGUUAACAUUUACAAACUAGAAUGUAAAUACGAUCAAUCACUUCGAAGGGCAAAACUUAUCUGUAUAUUAGUUCUUAAUUUCUUCCUGUUUAGUCCAUUCGUUUUAUCGGAAAAGCUUGAAGAGCCAUUAGUUUAUGCUUUGUUUGUAUGGUAAUUAACAGACCAAGAUAGAGCAAAGCACAUGAUAGUUUCCAUCUUUCCAUCAUUGCUGUUCAGGGACAAGAUCUCCUUACACUGCAAUUUUUUUAACAUGCGAGUUCUAAUGUACCUUUUUCCCAUUUUACUUGA